AUGUCAGACCCUACUAAGAGAAUCAUUUCUCAUAUGAACAAAGAUCACCAAUUAUCUUUGAUCGACUAUGUUGUAGUUUACGGAAAUGAAAAGGAAAAGUCAUUUGAUCAUUCUUCGGUUAACAUUACAGAUGUCACUGACAAGUACUUGACUUUGGAGUAUGUAGCUUUUGACGAAAUUAGCCAAAAGAAAAUUCUUACUAUUGAGUGGGAAAUUGCUCAAGAAGAUGAAAAUGUGACUGUCAGUACACUUAAAGAUGUGAAGGGCAAGUUGAUUGCUAUGGCCAAGUAUUCUGCCAAAAAGCAAGGCUAUUCGCAUACCCAAAUCAAGACAGUCUCAUACCCUACUGUGACCAUUCUUGAAUACCCUAUCGUGUUGGCGUAUGCACUCGCAUCUUACGAUUCGGAUUUGCUCAGGUCACUCUUUACAAGAGAUCCUGUUGUUCAGAAGGUUUCCCAGUAUCUCCCAAGUUCUGUGCUUUCCUUUUUGAGUUCAGCCUUUGCUACUACAAGGUUGUCAAGGAUAAUUUUGGCAAUUAUAGUUUCAAUUCAUGUCGCUGAACUUUUCUUUGUAUUGCUCCCAUUGUUAAGAAAGUAUAGAGUUCCAACUAAGCAAAGCUUGCAAUGGAUCGUUAUGCAAUUGUUUGAAGGAUUUCCAGCGUUUCUUAGAUUUAAGGCUUUAGAACCAAAGGACUAG